GGAGCCAGGAGAGAGGGCAGAGGAGAGAAAGCAGCGAUCGGGCUGGCCAGGCAGCGGAGGAGAGCUGGUUUGGCCUGCCCUGGGGCAGGGGGCGGGGUCGAGGCACAAGGUGCUGAUAGAGGGGGCCUGACGCAGGUGUGCUGGGGUGGGGGCGGGCGAAGCAGACGCCCCCGCUCCCUUUUCUACAGCCUGGGGCAUUGGCCUGGGGGGGAUGGGGAGGGGUGGGGAACCAGAGGAGCUCUGUCCCUUACCCUCCCCCAGCCUGGCCGCUUCUCCCCAACCCAGCCCUCUCUCCCCAGCUUGCUGCCCGCAGUCCCCGCCCGCUUGCCAGGGUCUUCCUAUUUCGGGAGCCUGUCUCCCGGGCUUUCUUUCCAUCAUGUGAUUAGGAGGGCUAUUUAAAGAGACAGCACAGGCAGGCGACUCAGAGCCGGGAACCUUUCUGCAUCCUUUCUCUUCUCCCCCGCCCGCCUGCCUGCCUGCGGCUAACCCAGCCCAGCCCAGCCCCUCUCAGCUCGGUGUAGCUCAGCGCGGCGCAGCCCAGCAGAUCCGGACCCAGCGCCUUUCAGCGCAUCCCCAGUCCAGCCCAGCCCGACCUCGCCUCCUCUAGCCUAGCACCAUGGUAGAUGCUUUCGUUGGCACCUGGAAGCUGGUUGACAGCAAGAACUUCGAUGAGUACAUGAAGUCCCUUGGUGUUGGCUUUGCCACAAGGCAGGUGGCCAACAUGACCAAGCCCACCACCAUCAUUGAGCUCAGCGGGGACACCAUCACUCUCAAGACUCAUAGCACUUUCAAGAACACCGAGAUUUCCUUCAAGCUGGGAGUAGAGUUUGAUGAGACAACGCCUGAUGAUAGGAAGGUCAAGUCUCUUGUCACACUGGACGGAGGCAAACUUGUCUAUGUCCAGAAGUGGAACGGGCAGGAGACCACACUGGUUCGGGAGCUCCAGGAUGGAAAGCUCAUUCUGACACUAACCCAUGGCAGCGCAGUAUGCGUUAGGACCUAUGAGAAGGAAACAGCUUGAAGCCAGCCCACCUGUUCACUGUCAACUCCUCUGCCGACGGCUACCACUGAACUCAACACCAGAUUGCCUCAUUUCUGCACCUGUCCCCCUCCCCACCCCAGUGUUUUGUACCAAUUGACUCUCAUCAAGGAACCCUCCAGAAAUGGAAACAUAUGGUGCUGUCCUGGAGCUGGUUGAAGCCCAUUCUGUAUUUUUUUUUUUAAACUGCAUCUGAUGGCUGGUCCCAAGCCAAUAAAGCAGAUCCCACAGUCAGUCAUUCAGAUGCA